GUCUUGAGGUCAGGGGGCGGUCCGUGCGGACGUGCUGAGGGGCGGUAUAACGAAGCGGUGGCGGCUCUGUCAGAGCAGUUGGCUGUGGAGGAGGGGUUUAAUCAAGUCUUGAUGAAAAUGGACAGAGUAAGGACCACAGUUACCAAUAUUUUUGGCAGGGUCCCUCUCACUUACACACGCUUCAGUUUGACCCCACAAACAGAUGGAGACAGCAGUCAAGUGGAGAUGAAGCUGGCAGAUGAGGAAGAGUGUGGUGAUCAGACUCUGGGAGACCAUCUUGUAAAAAAUCAAUCUGGAAAAAAUGGCUGCAAAAGUUUAUGCUUUAAAGUCCUGAUAGUUGUCCUGCUGUUCAUGAUAGGGUUUCUUAUAGGGUACUUGACUUACCGGGGUCGUGUUGGCUCUGAGCAGCCUAGUAGUGGAGCGUGCCUGCCAUCGAAUGAUGUGAAUGCCGAGGAGGAAGUGUUUGAUACGGCUCCAGCGAUGAUAUACUGGAGUGAUUUAAGGUCUAUGUUUCAAGAUAAGAUUGCUGUUGCCCCAUUUGAGAAAAACGUACAAGAGCUAUGCAGCCGUUCUCGUGACGCUGGUGCGGAUAGUGAAGAGACUUUGGCUAAAAUGAUUAAUGAGAAACUCAGCGCUGCUUUAUCCAAGGUGUGGAAUGAUGAGCAUUACGUCACUUUACAAGAGUCUAACGGGGCUAACAAAAUCACACUUUUGAAAGAUGAUUUACCACUAGAGACUUUUACGCCCUCUUCGUAUGUUGCUUACAGUCCUGCCGCCUCUGUUAAUGGUAGCCUCGUGUACGCCCGUUUUGGUACUGAGAGAGACUUUGAAGAUCUCAGUGCAAAAAACAUUGAUUUAAGUGGAAAACUAAUAAUUUUACGAUCUGGAUCUAUACCCUUUUCAGAAAAGGUCAGAAAUGCUGAACGGGUUAAAGCAUCCGGGGUCCUAAUUUAUCCUAAUCCUGAAGAUGUUUUGUUUCCUGGUCAAAAUGGUGACAUUGAUUCUCUGUUUGGACAUGCUCAUUUUGGUACUGGUGAUCCUUUCACUCCUGGCUUCCCAUCAUUUAACCAUACCCAGUUUCCACCAUCAAAGUCUUCAGGACUCCCACAGAUUCCAGUUCAAACACUUUCUAGUAGAGAUGGAAGAAAGCUUUAUGAAAAACUUGAAUCUACUGGCUGUCCCGAGACUUGGAUGAGCGGCUGCAAACUAGGCAACCAGUAUAAGGUUAAGCUUGAAGUGAACAAUAAUUAUGUUGAGAAGAAAAUUUUCAAUGUCUUUGGAGUUAUUAAAGGCGUUGAUGAACCAGAUCGCUAUGUUGUGGUAGGGGCCCAGAGAGACUCUAUGGGCAUAGGAGCAUCCAAGGCAUUUGUUGGGACAUCUUUGCUUGUGGAGCUUGCUCGCAUUAUAUCAGAAGUGGUUAAGGAUGGGUAUAAACCCAGGCGCAGCAUUGUGUUUGCAAGUUGGGGUGCAGGGGACUUUGGAGCUGUUGGUGCAACCGAGUGGUUAGAGGGUUACCUUACUACUCUACAUCUUAAAGCAGUAUCCUAUAUCAGUUUGGAUGCAAUUAUCCAAGGAUCUGAUUCGCUGGAAGUGUCUGCUAGCCCUCUGAUGUACAGCAUGAUCCAAAAAAUACUGAAAGGGAUCCCAGAUCCUGUCACUAAUAAGCCAAAAUUUAGUUAUGGAUUCUCCAUGGAUGAUGCUGCAUACCCCUUCCUUACAUAUUCCGGUAUCCCAUCUGCAUCUUUUCGUUUUAAGGAUAAAAAACCAUAUGCAUAUCUUGGAACUGAGAAGGACACUUAUGAAAAUUUUAGGAACUUGGGGAAUGUCAACAGUAUGUACGGAACUGCUGCAGCUUUAACUGGCCAGAUAAUUCUGCGUCUGACGCAUGACCACAUUCUGCCGCUGGACUUGACUCAAUACAAAAAUGAACUGCUUAAGAAAACCAUGGAGCUUAAUGAUCAAAAGACUUUAACUAGUAUGCAGAUGAACGCAAACUGGAUGAGUUCUGCUAUGGGUGACUUCGGCAGGGCAGCCACCACGCUCAAGGAAAGUUUUGCAAACACUGAUGCAGAAAACAAGCCUUUUCUCCGUUCUCUAAAUGAUAGACUCAUGAAGGUUGAGCACUCUUUGCUGUCUCCUUACGUUUCUCCUAAAGAAUCACCAUUUCGUCAUAUUCUCUAUGGCUCUGGCAAUCACACUUUCGAUGCAGUGAAGAAGCACUUAGAUUUACUGAAAGAUAACAAGGAAUCGUUUAAUCAAGAUGUGUUUAAAAACGAGCUGGCUCUCCUUACUUGGACUUUACAGAGCGCCGCAAAUGCCAUGGAAGGCGAGAUCUGGGAAAUAGAUAAUGAGUUUUAAGAUGAUACCGUACAUGUUAAACGUGAAGCACUUAUUUCCAUUAGAUUCCCAGUAGAUAUCAUCUACAAUAUUUAUUUUCCCUCCCAUUUCUCUAAGUCAACCUCCCUGAUGAAUUAGUUAUGUAUACACAUAUAUAUCUUUUUUUUUUCUCUCUCCAUUCUGUGCCAUACCAGCUACUGGGACGAGUGUGCUAGGUCUUUAUUCUAAUCUACUGUCCCCAAGGGUGGUAUGUGGAAUGCUCCUUUAUCCACCUCCCUCUUUCAGGUCAUGGACUUUCCAUGCGGUGGUAAAGUCUCAGAAUAGCUACAGACACUAGAUAAAACCAGGAAUAUUUUCCAGUACUGAGGCCGGCCUUUACCCUAAAAUCGAGCCACCUGUUUUUUGUUACCAUUUCUUAUUGGCUGCCUCCUUCAGGUUACAAAGUCAACUGCUACUCUACCUGCAGUGCAGGAGCAGUAAUUACAUUGAUGGAUGGGUUCAAGCUAGCUGGAUUGGGAACGUCUAUUUAGCACUGAAUACUUAUUUAUUUAUCAGUGACAGCGAUCACUAUAAAUGGUGUUAAUUUUGUUAUUCUGGUAAUUAUCGGAAGCAGUGCCUUCCAUAAUUGACGGUUAUACUGUCGGAUUUUUUUUUUUUCUUACGAUAAAAGCAGCAUCUGCUUAACCAGUCUGACAUGAUACUGGAAUUUCUACUCUUACUGUACAGUGCGACAGAAGGCUGAUACUGAAGACCUUGCAAUUGUUGUAACUUGGUAGGAACAAUCUUUCUAUUGAUAAGAGAGCGUCUUUGUAUUAGUGGUUGGCUUCGUUCAUCUAGAGACGGGCAAUAGAUUACAAUUGCCCAAAUGCCAUUUUUUUCCCUAUGGACGGACAGCGUCUUGGUGCAAGGACUAAAAUGUACUGUGUUCAGGCACACCGCUAAUGAAGGCAGGCAACUACCAAUUUCGGUGAUUGCAAGGGCUUUUCUGUCCCAUUGUAUGAUUAGUAGGAACCUCUCAGCAGGUGAUAACCUGCAGCCUUAAUGUUACCUUGCUUUUGUGCAUGCUCCUAUGGAAAAUGAAGAUUAGGCCGUAUGCACACGGCAGUGUUCCGCGUUCGAGAGCGGUCCGUGGUAUGCCAGGCUGGAUUCCUGUUCGGAGUCAGGAGUCACCUGGUUUGUGCUGCAACGGUGGUCAUCGGCCUAUGCGAUAUUCAUGCCCACUUUUCCAUGAUUGAUGUCCCGCUCUGCAUAACUGGUGUUGACCACACACACUGAGUGGGCAUCAAUGGAUGAGGGGUGGGCUUGAUUACAGCCAAGACUGAUGACAACUGUGACUAUUCACAACCGCAGUGCCGACCAGAUGAAUAUUGGAAAGCAACGUACAGCAUGGGGCAUGUCCAAAAAAAGGUAUUCACAAUUUAUCGCAAGCGCUGAAACAUCAUGGUGGCAGUUUAAUAAACUGCUGAGAGGUUCCCUUUAUUACCAAAGCACUCCCACUAAAACGUAUUCUCUGGCCUGUUAGGUACAUGAUGUAAAUUGUAGUGGAGGGAGCAGAUAAUUCACAAAUACAGCCACUGGUACAGAGAUUACCUUCACUACAUGUACCUUUCUAACAGUCCAGACAAUUGAAGAAGAAAAAAAAAGUGGGAGUGCCGCUUUGAUGGUAAGUGUGCCCACAUGCACUCUAAAGCCAUUCAAUGGGUUUUGAUUUAUUGAGGCGUCCCACUUAAGGCUUGCUGUCCUGCUGUUUUAAGGUAGGCGAUUUAUAUUUGGCCAUGAUAAUUAAUAUGUACUCUCUGAGCGGCAAGCUAUUUUUGUGGUUGGCGUCUUAAAGUAGACUUUCCAGUAACUUAUAUCAUGAAUUUGAGUGCACAUUAUCGGGAGCAGUGUCUUCCAUAAUGGAUUACGUAUAAAAUUGGUAGUUUUUGCCUACCACAGUGUUAUAUCGGGGGCAGUGAUCCCUCAUAUGUUACACUACAGGUGUACUGAAUUAUCGGGGACAGUGUUUCCCAUAAUUAGUUUUAGGUUAACGAUUUGCUUGCAAUGCUUAGCUCUGUUUUAAUUAUAUUGUGUAGCUUGUCUGCAUUGUGUGGUCUUCAGGCUCCAUUUAAAGGACGCAUUUGAUUUC